GUCGAAGAUUGGCUUAAAAAAAUUGAAAGAUCAUUUGAAAAUGAAAGAAAUUCUUGGAAUAUAAAUAGAAAAAAAAAAAAACCUGAAAUGAUUGAACCAACAUAUGGUGACCCCCACAGCAAAAGAAGUUUUAAAAUUUGA